AUGGGCCUGCUCCUCUGUCUUCAGCUUCCCACGGCAAUGUUCGGCCCAAUGGCCUUUCUUGCUACAAUGCUUGCAAAUGUCGUCUGGAUUGGCUCGACUUGCGCCAGAGCCGGAUUACAUGCAGGAAGUUACAGCGAUCAGCCACACAUUGCACUAUUGAGCAAGUCCAUCCCCAUGCCCACGAUGCUGCUGAAGACCCGUUCCUUCAGGUGCCUUCUAUUCUGCAGUCAGCAGGAUGGAAGUGUCUUUGCUUUUGAAACAAAAGGGACACCUUCUUCCAUAUGCAGUCGCCGCUUCUCCCUCUCAUGCAGCAGCGGCAGCAGCCCGUCUCCUUUCUUGUGGGAUUCAUGUAGCACACCAUCUUCUGUCUUCUGGCAUUCACGGAGCACGCCUGGUAGUUUGGACCCUUCACAACUGGAUGACCCUUCUCUCGAGAAUGCUGGCUCCAUAUUUGAUGAUAGCAGGCUCAUUGCUAUCCUUGGUCAUGAGUCAAUUGAUGCUUUGAGGGAGCUAGCCCACUGCCCGAAUUUGACUGAAUGCUCACAAGGAUGGCACCAGGCAUUUCAAUCAAAGAACUCUGAGAUAUCUAGUGGAUGUCAAUUGAUUGGCGGCAUCGAUUUGGUUUUUGGAGCAAACUCUGAGAAUUUUGGGGAGGAAUACUGGAAGACCAUGAAUGGCUGGCCUGCAGCAUUUGAGCUUAUUGUUAGGGUUCUCAAUACCACGCAGCAACAACUUAGCCACAACAGCAGUGAAUGCAAUGGACUCACACUUGACAGGCUCUCAAUAGCGGCAAAAAAACUUAUAAACCGAUUGCUUGAUGUUGCGUCAGAUGUUGCUGGGGCGAGGAAGCCACCAGAGAAGUUAUUUUCUAUACUAUACAUGCGCAAAGCAAUUAUUGAUUCAGAUGCCUCUCUCAGGAGAGUGCUCCCUGCAGAUUUUGUGAGUAAGGUAGACAGAGUCAUCACAGUACUGAAUGAUUCAGCAAGGGGAAUACUUGGAGAUUUUAAAGUGUUGAUCCAGAACUAUAGCUCGCAGAAAGUAGAGCAGGACGGAAGCACCUUACUGAUAACCAGGUAUGUCAUGAAAUACAUCAGAUUGCUGAUAAAGCAUGCUGGCUCGCUUGAUCCCAUUUUGGGCUGUGGUCAAAACAGCGACUUGUUUGAGGGAGAGGUCGAGCAUUCGGAUAUACAGCUGAUACUCGGAGCUGAGUGGCUUAAGCAGCGCAGGGAUGAAUUUGAUAUGUACAUGAGGGAUUACAUGUCCUCGACAUGGGAAAAAGCCACAUAUCAUUUGACAGUUGCAGCAAGUCCCCCUCAUAAAAGACUUAGGCCUGGCCUCCUUGGUAUCUUCCACACAAACGCAAAACCACGUUUUGAUUCUUGUUUCAAGGAAACCUGCGACUCUCAAAUGCACUGGAAGGUGCCGUGUCCAGUUCUCCGGUCCAGGCUUCGUGAAAGCAUCUCGGAGCAUGUUGUUGAAGCCUACCAGGUGUAUUUGGAAACUCUGAACCAGCCUUCGAUAGGAAGUGCUGGGGAUUUGAAGAGCAGAGUCAGUGAAUUGUUUGAAGGGUGA